AUGAAGGUGAUUGCAGCCUAUUUGCUAGCUGUGUUGGGUGGAAACACCAGUCCUUCGGCGGAUGAUUUGAAGGACAUCCUAGGCUCUGGUUUUAUCUCACCCUAUGUACUUUGUUUUUUAAUUAUGUAUCCCUCUGGAAUAGCAAUGUUGAGCAAAAAAAUUGUUGACUGGAGUGGAAAAGAAUCCUUUGUUGCUGGUGAAAUCACCAUGACUAAUUGCAUGAUAAUUGUAUUAUUACAAAUCUUGAACUUUUUUCUCUGGCAUACAGUUGGAGCCGAAGCUGAAGAUGAUAGGAUUGAGCUUCUUUUGUCACAAGUCAAAGGAAAGGACAUAACAGAGCUUAUUGCAGCUGGACGGGAGAAGUUGGCAUCAGUGCCCUCUGGUGGUGGUGGUGCUAUUGCAGUGGCUGCAACUGCUGUGGCCGGUGGUGCCGCUGCUGCUCCAGCUGCAGCUGAGCCCAAGAAAGAGGAAAAGGUUGAAGAGAAAGAGGAGUCAGAUGAGGAUAUGGGCUUCAGUCUUUUUGACUAAGCGGUUGGGAGGCCUGACUCUAUGCAUGAAAUCUUGUCUUCCAGUAGCUGCUUAUAGAUUCUCAAUGUUUUUUUUGUUAUGAAGAGAGUAGCUUUUUGUUUUAUUUGGUAGAAGAAACUGCUGAAUAGCUAGAAGCACUGCAGUGAACACCAUAAUAUUGUAUUUGAAUUUAAGAGUUGUUUAAUGUGCAAAUGAGACUAGUACUAUGUUCUUUCAUGAACUAGUUUCAUAUUUAUGGGAUGUUGAGUUGUUAU